AGACAGCAGCUUAACUCUCCACAUUGUGUGUGUGUGUGAUGAUGAAGCUGCUGCUGCUGUUUGUUGCUCCGCUGCUCUUUCUGACCGUCUGCUGUUCUGCGCAGAGACCACACCAAUGCCACAGUCCACCGCUGCUGUCCGGCAGUCUGAGUGUGAGCGCUCGAGAUGGUCAGGACUGGGCGGUUGCCAAAUAUCGCUAUGAUGCGUUCGGGCAGCGGAUCCGACUGUGGGAGUUUGGUGAAGUGGACAGUAAAUCCUUCCACCUGAACAUGCUGUUCCUGUUUCGAGAGGGUGUUGUUUACAGCAUGAACUACAAGAAUGAGACGUGUCAGAAGAAUGCCCUGCACAGCUCCUUCCACCCCUCACGGAUCCCCCGUAAUGCAACACUCCUGGCGCAGGUGAUUCUGGGCGGCUCGUCGGCUCCAGGUGAAGGUCUGCUGGUCAACACCUGGACAGGAGACGUACCUGAGACUCAAGGUAAAUAUGUGGCCACAGUGACUGAGUUCGGCUGUAUCCCGGUGUCCACACUCUACUACACAGAACAGACCGGCUGGGUCACCACCACCUAUUUUAACGCAGUGACGGGAAUCCCGGACCCGGAGCAGUUCAUUCCUCCCCCAUUCUGCAAUGAAACAGAAACUGAAGAGGACACGCUGGAUUUCUUCAGCGCCUUUUUCUGAUCACUCUGUGCUGCACGUUUAAUAUGAUCUACACAGCGGUCAACUGAUGAAGGCUUCUGGCAAACGCAGUCAUUUUAACCCUCCAGCUUCCCCAAGGAUAUCUGUGGCCAUUUAGAGCCACUUUAUUUAGGCUUGUCCAUAAUCUGAGCAGUUUAUUAUAUAUUAGUAACACUUUACAAUAAGGUGGUAUAAGUUAAUCUAUUUGGUAACAUGAACAAACAAUGAACACAUUUAAUCCAGUGCUAGCUCAUGUUAGUAAAUGUAAAUACAGCUGCUGAUUGUUAGUUCAUGUUAACUCACAGUGCAUCUGCUAAGUUAUUAAUUUCAUCAGUGAAUGUUGAUCUAUGAUUGUUAAAUGCUGUACAAGCACUGUUAUGAACCCUGAUUGUAAAGUGUGACCUGUAUAUUGACAUUUACAAGUUUAUUAUUUGAGCACACACAGACAAAGAGGGUUAAAGUGGUUGAAAGAUCAUUUUCUUUUCUGUUUUGUUUAAAUAGUUUCUUUUAAAUCAGUAAUUUAAGGACUUGGCUAUGUUUUAUAAGUCUGCUAUUUGAGCAAACACAAAAAAAACAUGAGUUGUUUCAGCAAAUCUAACUGUAAAGAGGACUUUAUCAUAACAUCAUUUUUCCUAUAGGAAAUGAAUAGAGAACAGUCAAAAUAAAAGCAUUUGUUUAAAAAUCUGUACUUUUAGAGGCAUAUUAAUCACAAAAAAAAAACAAUGCCAAAAUAAAAUCUCUAAUUACGUAAUUUGGAAGUUUGACCAAUACAUUUAUAUGACCUUAUUUAGAAAAUAAAUGCAUGAAAAUUGGGUUCACACUUGAGAUAUUGAAGCCCGAAAGUGUCCAGAAGGUGGCUUUAGGGUUAAAUAACUGUUUACAUUUGCUCUUUAUGAUUCAAUCUCCUAAUAAUGACAAUCAAAUGCGCUGUAAAUCAUUAACGAAAGGGAAUUAUACUUUAACGAAUGCUGUGAUUUCAGGUUCAUUUAUGUUUUGUAGAUUUCUGACAAUGAAGUAAAACUGUGUUGAUGUUCUACACCUUCUCCUCAUCUUUAUAGUGUAAAUGUGGGAUUAAAGAUCCUCUAUUAUAGUGAUUCAUCUCUAGAUAGAGUUUCUAAUGAAUGAAGGAUUUAAACAGCUGUCAAUUAAUCAAUGCUUUCUGCAAAUCAAAGCCAUUUUAAAUAAUGCUUUACGUUUGUUUUGAUGAUUUAAUCUCUGAAUCACAGAAAUAAAUGCACUUUAAAUCAAAGGGAAUUAUACGUUUAAAAAUCUGCAAUUUCUUAUUCAAGUUUUAUAGAUUUCUGUCAAUAAACAACAACAAAAAGAG